UACUCGAGCGUAACUUUACGGAUCUUUUCUUUUGCGACGAAACGAACAAAGUCUAACAUAAAAUCCAUCGCUUUGUAUUACCGUUGCCAAUAAUACCGUUUCUUCAAUACGAAAAUAAGUGAUAUUUAUUAAAGCAAUCGAUGUCUUAAUGAAUGUACGUAAUAAAAAGUACGUAAUGAAAUAUUUGCCUCGUCGGUCAGCGUUAGCGAAAAUCGAUGAUUGUUUUUCUCACAUAGUAUAUUAAUCGUCUGAGCGAAGAUAGGCGCGCGGUGAGAGAUUUUGAACGAGGCCGCCACGAUGACGCGUCGAGCGACAAAAGUAAGAGUAGGGCAUUUAACAGCUGUCAAAGAUGUAUUAAAAGUGCAGUCGGUGAGAAGCGUUGUCGUUAAAAGGCAACGUUAUUGGAAAUAAAAGAUCGUGUAUGAUGCCAGGCGGAUGGCACGUAAAGUGAAAAAAGCAUUUUGAUGCUAAGACGUUCGACACCAAACCUGUUUGAGCCCGAACGAGAUAGAUAACCUCUCGGCCGAUAACCGAUUCGACGUAAUCAUUUUCAAGACGUACGAUCGUCCGACGGCGAUACGUCGAAUAUAAUGGCCUGUCUUCUUUUAAAUCAGGAAAACGUUCAUAUUAAAAUACCAUCGACCGACAAUUUGGACGGUAUCACGUAUUACUGUAUUGAGGUUAAUGUCGUUUCCGUCAAGUGGACCGUUAAGCACAGGUACAACGACUUUGUCGAGCUUCACGAGAAACUGGUUUCCGAGCACUGCGUGGAAAAGGACAUCUUGCCUCCUAAGAAACUGAUCGGCAAUAAGUGUGAGGCUUUCGUAGAAAAACGCAGGCUCAGCUUGGAGAUAUAUCUCAAUGCGGUUUAUAAUUAUUUGAAGAAGGCCAUGCCAAGGGAGUUGGCGGUCUUCUUGGAUCUACACGUCUACGACAUAUUCUUUCUCCUUCAAAGUAUGGCACUGGAAUUAUUCACCGAAGGCUGUAACUUGUUAGAAAACUCUAAAAGUUAUAAGUUUAAUCCGAUACAGUUAUACGCUAUCAGCGAAAGAUUGAAACAGCCGUGUCCCAUCAUGGAGGUCGUCGACAAAAAAUACGACUUUAGUCACGUUUUGGAUUUCAAUUCUCAUCUUAGUAAUCUUACAAUCGUAGGAAGUACGGAGACGUACAAAAGUAGCAACAUCUAUUCCUCCUCCUUGUCGAUCGAAUUAUCGACUUUCAAAAAUAUUGAGGAAUUAACGAUCGAUCGAUAUCCCGUCGAUAAGAUCUACAAUAUGGGAAAUCUUCGUGAUACUGUUAAAGUUCUCAAAGUUACCAACACGAAAUUGCGCAAUAUCGUCGAACUGGCGAUGUGUGAGGAGGUUCAUAAACACAUAAAUAACGCCAAUGAUUCUCACGUUUGGCUAAAGGUAAAUCAUUUGGAUCUGAGUGACAAUCGUAUAGAGAUCAUAGACGAGGCCAUAAGACUGAUGCCUCAUAUCGAACUUUUAGUUCUUAACAAUAACCUUUUAUCGGAGAUAUCUAACGUUACGUUAUUACCGAGAUUGUCUCAGAUUUAUUUGGCCUCGAAUAAUUUUACUGUCUUGCCCGAUGACUUGCACAUUAAGCUUGGUUACAUAGUCUAUAUCGAUUUGUCGCAAAAUAAAUUAACGUCUCUGGCGAGCUUCUCAAAGUUGUACUCCUUGGAAGGUCUUGAUGUUAGUUGCAAUCGCAUUGAAAAGAUCGAAGAGGUUAAAAAUAUCGGUCACUUACCCUGUUUAGAACAUUUAAGGUUAACCGGCAAUCCCGUCUCGACGAUAGUCGAUUACAGGGUCAAAGUCUUGGAGCCCUUUGGUAAGAGGGCCGUUGAUAUUUGUCUCGACAAUGAGAAGCCUAAUCAAAAAGAGCUCGACGCCGUAUCGGUGCAUCAAGCUUUACGCAUCGCUAGAGAGGGUAAAUCACCGACCUUCACGGCGGCUGAUGCACCAUUAUUUUCUGCCGAGAUACCGGGUGUAUGAAAACAAGACAAAGAUUAUAUAUUAAAGGGUCCGAGAUAUAUUCAUUUCUUUUAUCUAUUCGAGAUCCUACCCUUUUUUCUAAUAUAUAUUUCUUUUAUUUUUUUUCCUUUUUAUUGCGUCUCUUAGACAUCUCCAAAAUAUCUUAACGAUAUAUAAUAUAUGCCAAAAAGCUAGGAUCUCACGUUUGAGAGCCACAUUAAAAUAGGAUUAUUUUUUAGUUUUAAUCAAAAUGACGAAUUGGUGAAGAAGAAAAAUCAAUAAUACCGAUUAUGUCCACGUUUAUAUCGGUGAGAUCGUUGGCGUCUUACUCAUUGAAAUAAUUAUAAGAAAAUAAAUGGAAAUAGGAAACGAGAAAAAUGUAAUAAAUGAAAGGACGCGGAAUUUCUAUUGUAAUACUUACUCUUAUUCGAUUUUAACGAGAUUCGAUCGAACACGCUCGUGUUCCAUUUAAACGUCAUCGAUUGCGUUGCCAUCGCAUUUUUAAUAUUGUUAUUUUUUAUGACCUAUUUCUUAAGGUGUUAUUUAAAGAGAAAAAAAUAAAAACAAAAAAAAUCGAAGGAAGGAAAACAAGAAAAGAAAAACGCGAUGUAACGAUUUUAUAAAGGUGGUACGCGAUGGUACUACCAAUGUACUCAACUACUACUCGUAUGCGCAUAUACAAAUAAUACUCUCUCUGUACAAAGCGACAGAAUAUUUUGUUAAAUAAAAGACGUUGAAGAGAAAAA